AUGUCGACAAAACCGCCAUCUAAAUCAGUAUUUGUCGGUAAUAUACCGUACGGUCUUACGGAGGAACAGAUCAUAGAUAUAUUCAGUACUGCUGGGCAAGUCUUAAAUUUCCGACUAGUUUACGACAAGGACACCGGUCGUCCAAAGGGCUUCGGGUUCGCAGAGUAUCCUGAUACAGACUGCGCAUCUUCUGCGGUGCGAAACCUCAAUGAUUACGAGAUUAUGAACCGGAAGUUACGCGUCGACUUCUCUAAUGAUGCUGGCGGUGACGAUGACAACAACAACAGCAACAAUAACUAUAACAACAACAACAACUCCUAUCAACCUCCUCCGCCACCAAACGGCAUGCAUAUGGGGCAACCACCUAAUAAUGCGAACUCAUCAUCACUCCCUCCCUUGCCAGUCGGCAUAGACCUACCCCCAAACCUCUCAUGCCCUGAUGCGAUAUCUCGAACCCUCCAUACUCUACCUCCAGCACAACUUCUUGAUGUCCUUUCUCAGAUGAAGACAUUGGCAACUACCGAUCCGGCAAAAGCCACCGAACUUCUCAAUCAAGCUCCACAGCUUUCAUACGCAAUCUUCCAAGCUCUGCUUCUCAUGGGCCUCGUCGAGUCUGAAGCACUCGCCUCUGUAGUCCAGUCGAAUGCACCCGCGCCCGCGCCAGCACCGGUGCCUACACCUCAACAAGGCUACCCUCCCCAGCCGGCAAGCGGUUAUCCAGCAGGUUAUCCUCCUCCACCACCACACAUGAGCGGACAAUUGGGCAUGCCCAUGGGAUCAACGCCUACCCAGGCGCAUUCGAUGUAUGCCCCACCGCCAGCACAACAUCGGCCACCACCAGUACAACAACAGCCACAAAAUCCAGAAGCGGAUGCAUUGAUGCAACAGGUUCUGGCUAUGCCACAAGAGAUGAUUGAUAGCCUACCUCCAAAUGACAGAGCGCAAUUGAUGGCAUUGAGAGCAAGCUAUGGACGUUAA